CGGGGUCCGGGGAGAGCGGAUAUAGUGAAUGCGGGGUCCGGGGAGAACGGAUAUAGUGAAUGCAGGGUCCGGGGAGAGCGGAUAUAGUGAAUGCGGGGUCCGGGGAGAGCGGAUAUAGUGAAAUGCGGGGUCUGGGGAGAGCAGAUAUAGUGAAUGCGGGGUCCGGGGAGAGUGGAUAUAGUGAAUGCAGGGUCCGGGGAAAGCGGAUAUAGUGAAUGCAGGGUCCGGGGAGAGCGGAUAUAGUGAAUGCAGGGUCGGGGAGACCGGAUAUAGUGAAUGCAGGGUCCGGGGAGAGCAGAUAU